AUGGGCAAUGCGGGGAGGCUGCUCGGUGCUGGCAAAACCCCCGUGCUGCAGAGCGGAGACCCCCCUGCCCAUCCCCGCGCCCCCCGCCGGCACCGGGGACGGGUCACUGUCACCCGCAGAGGCCGAGGGGACGGGUCAAGAGCUGCCCCUCACCGCUCCUCCUCUCUUGCAGAGCACUACAAACACCACUGGUUCCCCGAGAAGCCCUUCAAAGGCUCCGGCUAUCGCUGCAUCCGCAUCAACCACAAAAUGGACCCCAUCAUCAGCAAGGCAGCGAGCCACAUCGGACUGAGCCUCCCGCAGCUCUACCAGCUGCUGCCCAGCGAGCUCACGCUCUGGGUGGACCCCUACGAGGUGUCCUACCGCAUCGGCGAGGACGGCUCCAUCUGCGUCUUGUACGAAGCGGCGGCCACGAAACCCGGGAGCUCCUACGGGCUGCUAACCUGCAAGAACCAGAUGAUGCUGGGGCGCACCAGCCCUUCCAAAAACUACAUCAUGACUGUCUCCAGCUAAACACUCCUCUUGUCCUCACACUGCCAAGACACAGGCUACUGUAUACCUCACCUGAGGAUCUAUUUUUAAGAUGAAGAGCUAUUUAUAUUUUUUAAAAAAAUCCAAGAAAAUCCAAAAUUAAAAUAUUGGGCGCUGCUUUGGACAGAAGCAGUGCCUUAGGUGCCUUUUUUAAAGCUGUUGCAAGCUUAUGAGUUUUUAUUAUGAAGCCGAUAUCUACCUAAUUAGUAUUGGAUGGCAAUUUUGGUGGGUUGACUUGCUCACUUGGGCAGCUUGGAACGGAGGAAGAGGGGGAAGAGGCACACUGGGAAGCGUGGCUUGGUGCUGGGAGGUGGCCGUGUGGCCUUCUCCCAGUCCUGGUACCCAACAGUGUUGCUGUGUCACCAAGGAUCGCAAUAUUGUUGGGGAAGGGAUGGGGGAGAUGCUGUUUCCCUCACU